AUGAGAGUAAAACAUGGUAAUGUAAUCUGCGUCAUUAGGUGGGGACUAAUAGAACUUCGAGCAGGCAAGGUAACAAUUUACUGCAUUGAUCCUUCCACGUUCGUCUUGAAUCCUUUGAUUCCUGAACUUGAUGAGUUCCAAAGAAUAAGCAAUGAGCAGAGAGAAAGAUAUAAUACGGCUGAAGAAUUGUGUUUGACAUCUUGCUGGCCAAUGACUAGGAUAGAUGUCUAA